AAUCAUAAAAAGUAGGCUUUGUAUAUACAUAUGAAAAUGAACUGUUGUAUUGCUUCUUAGUUCUCAAUACGUCUGGUAGCCCUGCACGCGGUGCAGCGUGCAUGAGCUUGCGGAGGGCGUAUGCAUCGAGAUACUGCACCAUUUCAGUCGAGUCGGGCCCUUACGCAAUAUAACCCAGCCCUGUCAGCUAGAAGGUAAAUUCUGCUGGACAGGAAUCAGUGUAGAUUAGAGCUGCAUGUUUGGAAGUGUGCUCAGAGUUUCAAGGCACCUUGCUUUCAUAGUCUCUAGUACCCCUUCUACCCAAAUUACAAGAAAAGUAUCAUUUAGAAGUGCUGCCUAUCACCAAAACUUUGGUUGGAAGACACAUGCUUCUAGAUUUGAUUUUGUGCUACAUACACUUCUGAAGGUACAGAAUUGCAGCCUCAAGAAACUAAACACUGCUUUUGGAUUUAAUAUCCUUAGUUGUGCAAGAAUGUCAUCAUUCCCUUUCUGUGCUGAGUAUGAUAAAAGAGGACAAGCCAAAUGCAAGAAAUGCAAAGAAAAAUGUGAAAAAGGUGAACUCAGGAUUGGAAAAAUUGUUACAAACCCAUUUAGUGAAUCUGGUGGUGAUAUGAAACAAUGGCACCAUGUGAAUUGCAUUUUUGAAACAUUUAAACGUGCUCGUGCUACUACUAAAAAAAUUGAAGACCCUGUAGAUGAUAUUGAAGGUUGGGAAAACCUGGAGGAAGAUGAUCAGAAGAAGAUUAGAGCUUUGAUUGAUGACCUUCAGAAUGAAAUAGCCAACAAGAAAACUACACCAAAGAAGCAGACUCCUCAGAAGAAAACUCCUUCUAAAGCAGGUCAGCAGCAGUUUGGAAAAAAAGCAGCAGGAACUCCAGACAAACCAACUGCAGGAGUAUCAAGAGUGCCAUCAGCAGUGAGGAAUGACCCUGGUAUGGACCCAAUGCACAAAGAUAAUUCUUUUAGAGAAUUUCGUCGACUGUGUGCAAAUGUCGCUGAGGAGUCCAGUUACACGGGCAAGACAAAUAUUGUGGCAACUUUUUUGAAAAAUGGAGCUAACAAAGAUGGUUUUCAAGGUGACCUGCGACUCUGGGUUAAGCUUCUUCUACCAGGAGUCAUAAAGAGAGUGUAUAACUUACAAUCAAAACAGCUCAUUAAGCUUUUCUCUCAGUUAUUUAAUACGAACCAAGAGGAAAUGCUGGAAGACUUGGAACAAGGUGAUAUUGCAGAAACAGUUCGCAAUUUCUUUGAGCAGUCUGCUAUGCUUCCUCCCGUUAAGAAGGCAACACUGUCAAUUCAAGAUGUAGAUCAGUUUCUAGAGGAACUGACUGGAAUGACAAGAGAAGAAGAACAGUCAUAUGUGCUCAAAAAGAUUGCCAAAAGGUGCACAGCAAAUGAUUUAAAAAUGGUAAUUCGUCUUAUUAAGGGAGAUCUACGUAUUAAUGCUGGAGCAAAACACAU